AUGAAGGGCCACCCUCUGCUGCAAAUUAGACAGAGUGGUAAUGGAGCUUACAAUACCGAUAAUGGCAGCACCUCCAAGAGUGGCAACAAGGAUAUCAGCAGUAAUGAUCUAACAUCACCCACCAGCAUCACACCCCGCAGGAGUCGCCCACAGGCUGGUUCCAAUGUCCUGCGACUCCACAAGCACACAGCUUCCAUGACUCAACAAACACCACAUGCAAAUCAAUUAGAUUACUUCACCAACCACCACUUUUCAAGAUCAUUCAACAGCUUGAUCUUGGAUGAUAAUACAACUGAACUGGCAUCAAAAAAGACUAUGAACAAAUCACCACCAUUCAACGUCAAGACCGAUUAUUUGAAUGAUAGUAUAGACACUUUUCUUAACGAAGAAGAAAUAGCCAAUGACACCGAUAUUGAUGAUGAUUUUAGUGAGGAUGACGAGCUUAGUGACAAUUUAUAUAAAGAUAAAGAUGCCAUUCGGAGUACGACCCCUAACAAAAACAACUCCAGCUAUUCCAGACAAUUAAGUUCGUACCCGACACUGAGUCAACAAUUUGCAAGGCCGUCCUUGGGACGUGAUUCAUCCAAUUCAACAAUACGCAAUUCCCAAAGUUCAAUCAAGCGGUCUUCAAAAUACAUCAACCUUUCAAUUGAUUCUAGUCUACGAACGUUAGAUGGGGGCAACAUGCCCGACGAAAUAGAUAAAAUUAGCUUGAACGAAAUUGAUGUCAAGGUUAAUGACUAUUCGUCUCCUGCCUUAUCAUCACGCCCCAGCGAGAAACUGCUACUACCAUCUUCAAGUAACCAAUUCAAGCGACCACAUAAAUUGGUUAGUCAAUCCCCAUCUCCUUCAUCGACAAAGGUAAAAUCGUCAUCAUCACCACAAUCAAACUUGCAUUCCCCCUCUCAACUAGGGAUUAAAUAUUUUAGAGGCUACAAGAUCAACGAAAACAUAGUGUCCCCCAUUCGCAAUAGAAAUGCCGAAAGCCCGCUUUCAAAAACACACGUUUUUGGUCAAGCUAACAAAAUACGAAAGACUAAUACCCCAAUAGUACACGCGUCCAUAGAAAAUGUUCAGCACGAUUUACGCCACAAUGUCUAUGAUGACAAUGACGAAUUCGAUAGCCCGUCAAAGAAUAGGAAGCUGUCCAACUCUAAUCAAUCGUCGAUAAUAAUGUAUCAAGGAAGCCCGAAAUUGUCAAAAAGCAGUAACGCAUCGAGCACGCGAUUCGAUGACAAGGAAAAUAAUGAUCUGUACCGAUUUGUCAAACCUUUGCAAACAGCAUUCUCAUCCUCUGGGUUAUUGAAAAAGAAUAUGGUUCAACAACACACUGCCAAAAAGCUACCGCCAGAGACUCCCAUGAAAAGAAACCCCUUAACCAUGAUCAACACCAACAAACCCCUCCAUCUACGAUUUGAUCACGAUAAUGGAAAUUUAUCGCAUAUAACUGAACAAGAAGAACACGAUAAAUCAAUUGAAGUGGGGCGAGAUAAUGGAGCCGAUGACACUUUGAAUUUAAGUGACAUCCAUAGGGCACAUUUCAAGGUUAUGUCUUCUCUGGCAGAGUCAAAUAAAAGCGCCUUUCCUCAACGUCAAGAUUUGGAAGUAAUAUUUACCUCGGAUAUAGAACUAGACGAUGAAGGGUCUAUGGUGCCUGAAACACCGACCAAGAAGCAUUUGGGACAUGCCCCUCAUCAACAUCAUUCAGUUGCUCCAUCACCAGUACCACCUUCGUCCAGUAAACAGCCCCCUCCAAUGAAACUUGGCAACCUUGACAAACUAAAUUUAAAUGCAGGAUCUAAUAGUUACAAAUUUGGUACUCCCUCGACACCAAUCCACUGGGCAUUUGACACUGAAAAGGAUCCUCUUUUAAAAGAUAACCCUGUGGAAUUGCCUCCGUUGAAUGAAAAUGAUCAGUUACAAUUGACGCAUCAUCAAUAUUUAAAUACCUACCCAGCUAAAAUCGAUGAACAUUUGAUUAACAAAUUUGGCAUGAAGAAUUUAAAAUACAUUGGACAGGGGGAAUUCAGUAUAGCCUUUGAAUGUGUAUUCAAUGAGGAAAAAUUUGCCAUUAAACGGACAAAGAAACCGGUUCUUGGCAAAUUGGACAAGCAAACUAUACAGCGGGAGAUUGAAGCAUUGAGAACCCUUUCAAGUAUCAAGGAUAAUGAGGAUGAAAAUUUAAAAGAAGAACAACAAGGGAAGGAAAACUUGGUUUAUUUCAUUGAAGCUUGGGAUUUUGACAACUAUUCUUAUAUAAUGACAGAAUAUUGUGAAGGUGGGACUCUAUUUGAAUUUUUGGAAGAAAAUAAGCACUACAAAAUAGAUGAAUUUAGAAUUUGGAAGAUGAUUAUUGAAUUGGCGAAUGGCUUACGAUUCAUCCAUCUGAAGAAUUACCUCCAUCUUGAUUUAAAACCAGCCAAUGUCUUUAUUACAUUUGAAGGAUAUUUAAAAAUUGGUGAUUUCGGGCUAGCGACCAAAUUGCCGAUUUUGGAAAAGGAUUUUGAUUUGGAAGGAGAUCGCAAUUAUAUUGCUCCUGAGUUAAUUGAUGAUAAAAUAUACACGCCAUUUGCUGAUAUUUUCAGUUUGGGGUUAAUCGUUUUAGAAAUCGCUGCGAAUAUAAUCUUGCCUGACAAUGGAACACCAUGGAGAAAAUUACGCAGUGGUGAUUUAAGUGAUGCUGGUCAGUUAUCCAGUGACAACAUUUCCAUGUUUUUACAACAUAAGCCCGAGACGAGUAGUUCAUCAAAUACAAAUUUCAGUUCUUCGGCUCAUUCAUUAUCGUUAAACCCCCAUUUCAAAUCAAGAUCUACUAUUGAAAACAAUGAUAAUACUGUUGAUGCUCAUGAUUUGAUCCCGUCUUGGGCACCAUCAUUUUUAGUUGGUGAUUCAAAUGUGUUGGAUGUUUUGGUGAAUAAGAUGUUGAAGCCUAAUCCGUUUGAUCGACCAAGUGCCAGUUCCAUCUUGGAAAUGGAAGAAUGUGUCUUGAUUGAGAAUAGAAGGAAAUGUGGGGCUACGAUUUUUGAAGGUGAAUUUGGAAGUCCACCUGAUGAUGAGACUCAUUGA